CCACACCGAGGCCUCUGGCUCUUCCCCGCCCAUCUUUCCCCCGCGUGGGGUUCCUCUCCCCUGUCAGCGUCUGGGCACGUCCCCCUCGCGGCGCGGGCCACGCACGACCGUCACUUAACCUCGGUCCUCCCCGCGCGAAGCUAGAGGACUGGGCGGCGCUCAGUUCUGGCGGCGGGGCGCGGUGGCAGCAGCCCGCGCCCGCAGCCCAGCCGGGCUGACGAUGACUUGCUACCAAGGCUUCCUACUGGGCAGCUGUCGUCGCGUGGCGGGCGGACGGGCGGCGGCGCUCAGGGGGCCGGGCGCGGGAGGCCCUGCCGCGCGGCCGCGACUCGGCGGUGACUGCGGCGGCCGGCGGCACCUGGGGCACGGGCAGCCGUGCGAGCUGGCGGGCUGCGGCAGCCGCCCCGACGGCGGCUUCCGCCCGUCCCGGGUGGUGGUGGUGGCCAAGACCACCCGGUACGAGUUCGAGCAGAAGCGGUACCGUUAUGCGGAGCUCUCGGAGGAGGACCUGAAGCAGCUGCUUGCAUUGAAAGGUUCUAGCUACAGUGGACUGCUUGAACGACAUCGUAUUCACACAAAAAAUGUAGAGCAUAUUCUAGAUAGUUUACGGAAUGAGGGAAUUGAGGUUCGUCUGGUCAAGAGGAGAGAAUAUGAUGAAGAAACUGUUCGAUGGGCAGAUGCCGUCAUAGCUGCAGGAGGUGAUGGCACAAUGCUUCUGGCAGCAAGUAAAGUCUUAGACAGACUUAAACCAGUUAUUGGAGUAAACACUGAUCCAGAACGGUCUGAGGGUCAUUUGUGUCUUCCUGUUCGAUAUACACAUUCCUUCCCAGAAGCCCUACAGAAGUUCUAUCGUGGUGAGUUCAGGUGGUUAUGGAGGCAGCGAAUCAGGCUGUACCUUGAAGGGACUGGCAUAAACCCCGUGCCUGUGGACCUUCAUGAACAGCAACUAAGUUUGAAUCAACAUAGUAGAGCCUUCAACAUUGAAAGAGUUCAUGAUGCAAGAUCUGAGAUUUCUGGACCCCAGCUUUUGCCAGUGAGAGCACUAAAUGAAGUCUUCAUUGGAGAGAGUCUAUCGUCAAGAAUGUCUUAUUCUUGGGCUGUAGCAGUGGACAAUUUAAGAAGAAGUAUACCCACUCUAAGGGGACUGGCAUCCUACUAUGAGAUUUCAGUUGAUGAUGGUCCAUGGGAAAAACAGAAGAGUUCAGGGCUCAAUUUGUGUACUGGAACAGGAUCAAAGGCGUGGUCAUUCAAUAUUAACAGGGUUGCAACUCAGGCUGUGGAAGAUGUUUUAAAUAUUGCAAAACGACAAGGAAAUUUAAGUCUUCCUUUGGACAGAGAAUUGGUAGAGAAAGUAACAAAUGAAUAUAAUGAAUCACUGCUUUACAGUCCAGAAGAACCAAAAAUACUUUUCAGUAUUCGAGAACCAAUAGCAAACAGAGUUUUCUCAAGCAGUCGUCAGCGUUGUUUUACCUCCAAGGUUUGUGUUCGUUCUCGUUGUUGGGAUGCCUGUAUGGUUGUGGAUGGAGGUACUUCUUUUGAGUUUAAUGAUGGGGCAAUUGCUUCGAUGAUGAUCAAUAAAGAAGAUGAGCUUCGAACUGUGCUUCUAGAACAGUGAAGAAUUUCUUCAUAUGACAAACUUGAUUAGCAGAAACAUAACUUCACUGCAGAAAUGAACUGUCAGUCAUACAGCUACAUUUUUUGGUUAAUGUUGAGACCUGUUGGCCCUGGGCUCAAAGGUGACCAAAAAAGUAAGACUUGCAUUAUUCUGAUGGAAAAGAUGUUCAGUGUGUUAGAAAGUGGUAGCAGUGAAAUUUCUAUAUUGCUUACAAUUGGUAUCCAAGAGUGCUGGUAUCUUUUUACAUUUGAGAGAUAGGUUCAAAUAAAGAAUUAAAAAUUUAGGAUUAAAAAUUUCACUGUGCAAGUUUUUUUCCCCCCUUCCCUUUCCUCCUUACUUUGUGGAAUUGGUCAGCCCAAACACCUAUCAUUUGAUCAGUGCAUAUUUUUUAUAUAACCUAAAUAUCAAGAGUCAAAAAAAAUUUCAAUGGAGAAUUUUGAUAAAUCCUGACAUUAACCUAACUGAAAUAGGUAAAUGUGUUUUUCUAUCUGGUGAGAUUUUUCUGAAUUCAGAACACAAUGAUAUUGUUACGAUUCUAUUGAUUUUUAAAAAGUUCAAACAAUCAUUUUUGAAAUUAUUUGUAGAUAUUUUCAUUUAAUUGACUUCCAGGUUAAUUUUGACAAUGUUGGGUGAAAUACAGAUAUGGACAAAACUGUGAUGCUGUUGCAAAUGUAUUAAUUAUCCAAUAGCUAUUUGAGGUCAUAGACAAUUUUUAAUGAUUUGAGUCUAAUAGAUUUCCUCAAUUUUUUUUUAAACACUCUGACAUAGGAAGACUAAAAGGAUGGACUGAUUAGUCAUAUUCUAUUAGGAGUGUGGUAAGAUCUUUAAUACAUUUUUCAUCUAGUAUUAAGAAUAUUGUCAGAAAAUGGAUUUUCUUAAAUAUGCAAAAUAUAUUAGUUUGAAAUUGCCUUAUUUUUAAUAUCAUGAUAGUUUUCACCUAGCUCAUAUUCCAGUUUUCACACAUUAGCCGUGGAGGAUAAAAUGUUAUGGCCCCCCAUACUCUUCUCCCCUCACUUCAGAGUUUCUUUAUUUUUGGAGAAAAUUAUUUUUAUCUAAGUCUUGAUCUACUUAUAAGUAAUCCUAGAAUUUUCACAAAAAGUACCUAUUGCUGCAUCAUGAGACAGUUGGUAUUCUCAUGCAUUUAUUCAAAGUUGUAUCUUUUUUCUUGCUGUUAAAUGAAGACUGUUAGUCAUUGAAAUAUUUAUUGACAUGACUUUGUGCCAUGUACGAGUCAGGUGCUAGAUACACGCUGAUGAAUGAAACAGACUCUAUCCUGAUAGCACUUGAGUCUAUUGCACUGAGAAGUAAUUCUGUGAAAGCUAGGGUGUAUAAUCAAAUUGAGGGCUAUUAGUUUUGCCAACAUUUAAUGUGUUCUUGUCAAAUUUUUUAUAUAAAUGUUACUAUACCAAGGUAAUCUAAGGUUUGAUGUGUAUUUAGAACAAGAAUUUGUUUUUUUUAGUUAAGGGUAUCCUCAUAGCAGUUUACAUGAUGCAUACAAUAAAAAUUGGUGUUUUCCCAGAGCUGGAUCUAUUUUCUGGUUGGACUUAAAAAUGAUAUACUUAAGAUUCCACUUUAUAGAGAAGUGAAAUUUCUCCCCUAGGUUUAAAAUACCUUCUUGACAAAAAUGCCACCUCCAUCUUUUUAUCAAGGAAAUCUGAUUAUACAAUAUCAUACCAUGGAUCUUUUAAUAUUUAACAAUGGGUAACCUGUGUAAAAUUGUUCAGAAGCCAUAUUUUAAAGUUUCCAAAAAUAUUUACUGUGCUCCAUUUGCAAUACAACUUCUAACAUUUCUGCUUUGUCAUGGGGAUUUAUUUGUAAGAGGAGAGGCAAAGGAGGUUAGAAUAGCAAAAAUGUUUCUAUGAAUGAGUUGACCUUUUAAUGGCAACUAUAUGUGAAUAAACUUAAACUAUUGUUAUCUCUUUAUUUAUUUCCUUAACUCUUAUGGGUUCAUUAUUUCAAAAUGAGAUUUUCCCAAAAUGUUAUGUUUCAGAAGUCUUUUUCCCCACUGCUAUGUAUUAUUUUAUGCCCUGCUGCCUUCAUUUACUACUAAUAUUUGACAUGAUUUGUUACAGAACCAUGAUUUGUUACAUAAUCAGAAGACAGAGUACUUACCUUAUAAGUGUAGACUUCAGAUAACUAUGACUUACUAUAUUUGAUCCAUAUGUACUUAUAUUCAUGGCCCCAGCAAAUCAAAUUGUAUUACAUGUUUUACUAAAUGUAUAGCCUUCAAGUGUAAAGAAUUUCCAUUGAUUUCACUUUUCAAAUGUCAAAAUAAAUCUGAAAUAAAUCAUUACAGCCAGUUAACACAAA